CAGCGCGCUGCGCCGAGCGCGGCGAGGGGCGAAGGCGCGCGGGGCGCCAGUGACCGCGAUGGUGAACUCGAGCCGCGUGCAGCCGCAGCAGCCCGGGGCCCCGAAGCGGUCGCCCGCGUCCCGAGCGGCCGGCCCCGGCCGGCUGAUGGCGGGCGGCGCGGCCGUGGGCGCCGGCCUCGGGGCUCCAGGCGGCCUCCGCGAGCAGAGGGGCCUGGAGAUCGAGAUGGAGCGUAUCCGGCAGGCGGCCGCGCGGGACCCCCCGGCCGGAGCCUCAGCCUCCCCCUCUCCUCCGCUCUCCUCGUGCUCGCGGCAGGCUUGGAGCCGUGACAACCCAGGCUUCGAGGCCGAGGAGGAGGAGGAGGAAGAGGAGGUGGAAGGAGAGGAAGGAGGAAUGGUGGUGGAGAUGGACGUGGAGUGGCGCCCGGGCAGCCGGAGGUCGGCCGCCUCCUCCGCCGUGAGCUCCGUGGGCUCCCGGGGCCGGGGGCUGGGGGGUUACCACGGCACUGGCCACCCGAGCGGGAGGCGGCGCCGGCGAGAGGACCAGGGCCCGCCGAGUCCCAGCCCGGCCGGCGGCGGGGACCCGCUGCAUCGCCACCUCCCCCUGGACGGGCAGCCGCCCCGAGUGGCCUGGGCCGAGAGGCUGGUUCGUGGGCUGCGAGGUCUCUGGGGAACAAGACUCAUGGAAGAAAGCAACACUAACCGAGAGAAGUAUCUUAAAAGUGUUUUACGGGAGCUGGCCACAUACCUCCUUUUUCUCAUAGUCUUGUGCAUUUUGACAUAUGGGAUGAUGAGCUCCAGUGUGUACUACUAUACCCGGAUAAUGUCACAACUCUUCCUAGACACCCCCGUGUCCAAAACAGAGAAAACAAACUUUAAAACUCUUUCUUCAAUGGAAGACUUCUGGAAGUUCACAGAAGGUGCCUUAUUGGAUGGGCUGUACUGGAAGACACAGCCCAGCAACAGAACCGAAGCUGACAACCGAAGCUUCAUCUACUACGAGAACCUCCUGUUAGGGGUGCCACGUAUCCGGCAACUCAAAGUCAGAAAUGGAUCCUGUUCUAUCCCCCAGGACUUGAGAGAUGAGAUUAAAGAAUGCUAUGAUGUCUACUCAGUCAGUAGUGAAGACAGAGCUCCUUUCGGUCCAAGAAAUGGAACUGCUUGGAUCUACACAAGUGAAAAAGACUUGAAUGGGAGUAGCCACUGGGGAAUGAUUGCAACCUAUAGCGGAGCUGGCUAUUACCUGGAUUUGUCAAGAACAAGAGAGGAGACAGCUGCCCAGGUUGCUAGCCUCAAGAAAAAUGGCUGGCUGGACCGAGGAACCAGGGCAACUUUUAUUGACUUUUCAGUAUACAACGCCAACAUUAACCUGUUCUGUGUGAUCAGGUUAUUGGUUGAAUUCCCAGCAACAGGCGGUGUGAUUCCAUCUUGGCAAUUUCAGCCUGUAAAGCUGAUCCGAUAUGUCACAACUUUUGAUUUCUUCCUGGCAGCCUGUGAGAUUAUCUUUUGUUUUUUUAUCCUUUACUAUGUGGUGGAAGAGAUAUUGGAAAUUCGCAUUCACAAGCUACACUAUUUCAGGAGUUUCUGGAAUUGUCUGGAUGUUGUGAUCAUUGUGCUGUCAGUGGUAGCUAUAGGAAUUAACAUAUAUAGAACAUCCAAUGUGGAGGUGCUACUACAGUUUCGAGAAGAUCAAAAUACUUUCCCCAACUUUGAGCAUCUGGCAUACUGGCAAAUACAGUUCAACAAUAUAGCUGCUGUCAUCGUAUUUUUUGUCUGGAUUAAGCUCUUCAAAUUCAUCAACUUUAACAGGACCAUGAGUCAGCUCUCCACAACCAUGUCUCGGUGUGCCAAAGACCUCUUUGGCUUUGCAAUUAUGUUCUUCAUUAUUUUCUUAGCAUAUGCUCAGUUGGCCUACCUCGUCUUUGGCACUCAAGUUGAUGACUUCAGUACUUUCCAAGAGUGUAUUUUCACUCAAUUCCGUAUCAUUUUGGGUGAUAUCAACUUCGCAGAGAUUGAGGAAGCUAAUCGAGUUUUGGGACCAAUUUAUUUUACUACAUUUGUGUUCUUUAUGUUCUUCAUUCUUUUGAAUAUGUUUUUGGCCAUCAUCAAUGAUACUUACUCUGAAGUUAAAUCUGAUCUGGCCCAGCAGAAAGCUGAAAUGGAACUCUCAGAUCUUAUCAAAAAGGGCUACCAUAAAGCCUUGGUCAAACUAAAACUGAAAAAAAAUGCUGUGGAUGACAUUUCUGAGAGUCUGAGGCAAGGGGGAGGCAAGUUAAACUUUGAUGAACUUCGACAAGAUCUCAAAGGGAAGGGCCAUACUGAUGCAGAGAUAGAGGCAAUAUUCACAAAAUAUGACCAAGAUGGAGAUCAAGAACUGACCGAACAUGAACAUCAGCAGAUGAGAGACGACUUGGAAAAAGAGAGGGAGGACCUGGAUCUGGACCACAGCUCUUUACCACGUCCCAUGAGUAGCCGAAGUUUCCCACGAAGCCUGGAUGACUCUGAGGAGGAUGAUGAUGAAGACAGUGGGCAUAGCUCCAGAAGGAGGGGAAGCAUCUCCAGUGGGGUUUCUUAUGAAGAAUUUCAAGUGCUGGUGAGGCGAGUGGACCGCAUGGAGCACUCCAUCGGCAGCAUCGUGUCCAAGAUUGACGCUGUGAUUGUGAAGCUGGAGAUCAUGGAGCGGGCCAAACUGAAGAGAAGGGAAGUGUUGGGCAGGCUGCUGGAUGGGGUGGCGGAGGAUGAAAGACUGGGUCGUGACAGCGAAAUCCACAGGGAGCAGAUGGAACGGCUAGUACGGGAGGAGCUGGGGCGCUGCGAAUCCGAUGAUGCAGCUUCCCAAACAAGUCACGGUCUAGGCACACCCGUGGGACUGAAUGGUCAAGCUCGCACCAGAAGCUCCCGCCCUUCUUCCUCCCAGUCUGCAGAAGGAAUAGAAGGUGCAGGUGCAAACGGGAGUUCCAAUAUCCACGUCUAGGACAUGUGCUAGUAUGUGUUCCUAACCGGCGAAAAAGGGGCUGACGUCCUGCAUCGCCAGGGCAGGUACGCUUUAUAUGCCCUGACCACCGUAGGAUGCUGGUCUUCGUGACCAGCCGUUAAGUCUUCUGCACUUUAAUUUAUUUUAGAUAAACCUUGCCCAUGGAUCAAAGAAGAUUUUUUUUUUCUCAUGUAAGAAAUCUAGGUGUAAAUAUUGAGUCUAGAAAAAAAGUCUUUGUAAAGUAUAUGGAGUGGUAUGCCCACUUGCUACCAUGGAUGAGUCUUCUCAGUUGACAAUGAAGUAGCCUUUAAAGUGAGGAGAGAAGCAUCA